UUCAAGAGCUAUAACCUGUUAAAUAAUAAGUCAGUUUCUCGAGAAAGGUUACACGAAUUUAUAUAAUUAUGGCAUUGCACUAUAUCAGAUUUGCAAACAGGCUAGAAAAAUUACUACAACAAUCAGUUUCAAGAGGUUGCCUUCAACAUGAGGUCAGAAGAAAGAUUCACCUCCUUUCAAGAUUAAAACCCUCUGAUUGGAGGACUAUAAUAAAAGACUGGAUUGUUUUGCGAAAACAUAAAUCAGAUGGUUGGGAAAACUUUGGACCUAGGGCUGGUAAAAAACAGCCGAAAAACAACAAUGAAGCUAAAGAUGCACCAAAGGACACAUCAAAAGAGGCUCCAAAAGAAGCACCAAAAGAAGAAAUGCCGAAGGAAGAUUCUGGUUCCGCUUCGACAAAGGGAGGCUCACAACGAGAAAACCUGAGGGAUCCUAUCAAAGGAUUCUACAGAAAUCAGGGCAAGUCAACAAAGGGUGGUGACAACAAAUUACCAAUGCCUGGAUGGAACUGGAACACAGCAUUUGCCAUAGCAGGUGCCAUCGGGACUGGAGCAUGGUUGACAUACAAGAGCGUUUUUAAAGAAAUCACAUAUAAGGAACUUAUUGAAGACUAUUUAAGAUCUGGGAAGAUAGAGACAAUAAACAUUGUGGACAGGGACUAUGUGGAAGUGAGGCUCAACCCAACCGUAGGUGAAUAUAAGACUCUGUGGUUGAACAUCGGCUCUGCGGAGAUGUUUGAGCAGCACUUAAAGGAGACCCAACUCGAGAUGGGAAUGGACCCCGCAAACUUUAUUGCUGUGGGAUACAGGAAGGGAUUCAAGUGGGACAUGAUAUUCACUCUGGCUCCUGUCCUGAUUUUACUGUAUAUUGUAUAUACGGCUUCACGUCGCGGCAUGGGCGCAGGUGGAUCCAACCCAUUCUCAACCUUUGGGAAAUCAAAAGCAAAAAUAGUGCAGAAAAAUCUGGAUGUCAAAUUUAAGGAUGUUGCGGGAUGCGAGGAGGCCAAAAUAGAAAUCAUGGAGUUUGUAAACUUUCUCAAAAAUCCCCAGCAAUACAUAGACCUUGGUGCAAAGAUCCCCAAAGGGGCCCUUCUGAACGGCCCGCCUGGUACUGGUAAAACCCUUCUUGCCAAGGCAACCGCUGGGGAGGCUGGGGUACCGUUCAUCGCAACAUCAGGCUCAGAAUUUGUGGAGAUGUACGUUGGAGUGGGGCCCUCAAGGGUGCGAGACUUGUUCAAGACGGCGAGAGAGAACGCCCCCUGCAUCCUGUUCAUUGAUGAGCUGGACGCCAUCGGGAAGAAGAGAAGCAGGAUGAGCGGCUUUGGAGGCAACAGUGAGCGGGAGAACACACUCAACCAGAUCCUUGUGGAAAUGGAUGGUUUCCAGACGGAGUCAGGCGUGGUAGUCAUGGCCGCUACAAACAUCAUAGACACUCUGGACGAGGCACUGCUGAGGCCGGGAAGAUUCGAUAGACAGAUUUAUGUGGCCGCCCCAGACAUUAAAGGAAGGGCAUCAAUAUUUAAAGUGCAUCUCAAGAAUUUAAAAACAGAAAUAAACAAAGAUGACUUGGCAAGAAAAAUGGCUGCAUUAACUCCUGGAUUUUCAGGUGCUGAUAUCAUGAAUGUUUGUAAUGAAGCAGCGCUGAUUGCAGCUCGAGACAGCAAGAAGACAAUUGAGAUGUCUGAUUUCGACAAGGCUACAGAAAGAGUUGUAGCAGGUCUCGAGAAGAAGACUCAGAUCCUACAGCCAGCAGAGAAGAAGACAGUGGCCUACCACGAGGCUGGACAUUGUGUGGCGGGCUGGUACCUAGAGCACGCAGACCCUCUCUUGAAGGUAUCAAUCAUUCCACGCACAAACCAGGCACUUGGCUUUGCGAUGUACCUCCCCAAAGACCAAUAUUUAUUCACAAAAGAACAGCUGAUGGACAGAAUGUGCAUGACACUGGGCGGCAGGGUUUCGGAACAGAUCUUCUUCAAUAAAGUGACCACAGGGGCCCAUGACGACCUGAGAAAGGUCACACAAAGUGCCUAUGCACAGGUCACACAGUUCGGGUUCAGCGAGAAGGUUGGACAGAUCUCGUACGAGAUGCCCAGGCAGGGCGAGAUGGCGUUUGACAAGCCAUACAGCGAGGAGACUGCGCGCAUCAUUGACGAGGAAGUAAGAGACAUAGUGUCGCGGGCGUACGCGCGAACUGUGGAACUGUUGACUAAACACAAGGACGAUAUUGAAAAAGUGGCGCUCUGUCUCCUUGAACGGGAGAAAAUUGAUAAGCAGACUGUUGUGGAGUUGCUGGGUCCAAGACCAUUUUCGGAGAAAUCUUCAUAUGAAGAAUUUGUUGAGGGAACAGGCUCAUUCGAAGAAGACACUACUCUUCCCAAGGGACUGACGAGCUGGAACAAGGAAGUGCAACCCAAAGAAACUAAGGAUGCCCAAGAAGAAUCACCUAAAGUGAAAGAAAGUGCUGUGUGAUAUUAUCCUUAAUGGCGAAAACUAAACUGUUUGGUUUGAUGUAACUUGAAAUGCACUUUGAAGAAAAACAGUUUUCAAAUACUACUGACGUUUUCUGGAAACCAUUAGGCCAACACAUACCAUUUGUAUUGGCAGUUUUUACUGGAAAUGCUAUUCUUUGAUGUUAAGUUUAUGUGGGAACUGAAGAAUAGGACUUGUUGGGUUAUUUCCAUUGGCUGUAUGUCAUGUUUUAGAAAGAUAAUACCUCAAGAUAUAAAGUGUAUCAUUCUAUGGAUAACCUUGGUAUUAGAUUUUCUUUUGUUAAAUCUGUAUAGAUAAUGAGCUGAUUCUUAUGAAUUAUGUUCUGAUUAAAUGAUGAAACUCGUU